GACGCAUUGAGUGUAAAAUCCAGCUCUAUAUGUCCACACACACAAAACUGGGUACGCGAGUCAACAUCUCACUUUUAACUGUGAUCAAUUUGAUCAUUGAUCCCGAAUCCCAAAUGCAGCAAACAACUUGACAACGCCUCAAAUCCCAGAUCUUGGCCUUUUCCUUGAUAGCACCCUCUCCUUUGGGUGUUUGAGCACCACAUCACCCAAAUAAUAACCCCAAAAAAUAAUAAAUAAUAAUAAUAAUAAAUAAGGGUGUCUAGUGGUUAGCGCGCAGACCAGGGUUCAAUUCCACCCUCGGCCAUCUCUGUGUGGAGUUUGCAUGUUCUCCCAGUGCAUGCGUGGGUUUUCUCCGGGUACUCCGGUUUCCUCCCACAUUCCAAAAACAUGCUAGGUUAAUUGACGACUUCAAAUUGUCCAUAGGUAUGAAUGAGAGUGUGAAUGGUUGUUUGUUUAUAUGUGCCCUGUGAUUGGCUGGCGACCAGUCCAGGGUCUACCCCGCCUCUCGCCAAAAAGACAGCUGGGAUAGGCUCCAGCACCCCCCGCGACCCUCGUGAGGAAAAGCGGUAGAAAAUGAAUGAAUUAAUGAUUAAUAAAUAAAUAACCCAAACUGCUUUUUCCAUCUAAAACACCCUUCCCUCCCCCUUUGACCUCAUCCAUGCCCUCGUCACCGCUAGACCGAUGACUGGAACCGCAUUUUCUAUGACUUCCAUUCAAAAUCCUCAAUAAACUUCAGUAUAAUCACUUUCUCGCUCACUCACUCACUCAACAUCACCCCUGUCCCAAAUUCCUUUCACAGUGGUACCUGUGCUAACGCCCGCCUCAGUAUUUCAGGUAAUACCUAAAAUUUUGCCUUGCGUGUCUUGAGCGUCCAAAAUAGUGUCCGGUUUGUUUACGCUGCCACGUUAUCGCAUCAUUUUAGGACACCAGCAUUUAUAGAGCGAUAUACCACCUAGAGAAGAAGAGUGUUGGAUAUUUCAGAAUAUGGUGGAGUGGCUCCGUCAACGGCAGCAGAAGAACAUGUUCAUUUUGGUUCAUUGAUGGUUCAUUGAUGAGUUCCUGACAACCCAGUCAGGAACUCUACUGCUACCUCUCCUCGACACCUCCAUCACUCCUCUAUCAUUAUGUCAUGAUAUGGAUACAUCACCUUAUACUUCUGUAUGUGCUCAAAAAUGCAUCAGGAAGGCAGGAAGUGAACAAAUGUAACAGAUAGAGGGCUAGGAUAUAAUAAGCUUUGCUUCUUCCUACUCCUUUUGGACAUGUGAAACUGUGGAUUGAUUUAUGUGAUGCGUUCAAUUGUAACCUGAUGCAUGUUGAAAUGAAAUGAAACCAUGACCAUUAGCAAUCUAUUCAAGGAACCCUUCAAAGUCAUUGCAAUCUGGGAAACUUGGCUGAACGCGGAUAAAGGCAUGGACUUUAAGCUGGAAGGCUACCAGAUGACCUGCAUCAACAGGAAGGACACGAGGGGAGGAGGCGUGGCCUUGUAUGCGGACAAACAACUACAUUACAAAGUGAACGCCAUAUAGAAGGGUUGGAUCAAAAAAACAAUUUCCAUAUGUGGAGACUUCAAUGUUGAUCUUCUAAAUCCACGCAAGAUCAAGCACGGCAGGCAGGCAUGUGUCUGGUUGAAGAGUCUGGUUAGGAAUGCAAGAGGAAGUGUGAGGAAUCUGUUCAAGUCCACACAGAAGGACGGAGCGCACUUUGGUGGUCCGGUUGUCUGGUGACUUUUACGGAUUGUUUUUGUUCGGAUAUCAUUUGGACCGUGUCGUCAAGAAGCUCAACAUCCUCACGUGCUGACCUCCAAGGAUCAUCUGGAGGAGGCUUCAUUUUGCAUGAUGGGCGGCAGCAAGGUCAUGUGGGUGCUGCUGGGGGCGGUGGUGGUCAUCACCUUAAUCACCGUGACGGCCGUUUAUUUGAGCAAAUCCAAUAGUCGUAAAAGGCUGUUUACCCUUGAAGACUACUUCAAUGACACCAUCAGGUGGAGAUCCUACAACCUCUAUUGGAUAUCAGAUCAGGAGUAUCUGCACAAAACAAGAGACGGGAGCAUCUUCCUCCACAACGUGGAAACACAGCAGGAGUCGCUAUAUUUGAGCAAUUCAACUUUUGAACAAGUUGCCGCCACAGAUUACCUGCUGUCGGGGGAUUUCAAAUACGUGGCUUUUGAAAGCAACUACACAAAGAAGUGGAGACACUCAUUCACGGCGUCGUACUCCAUCUAUGACAGAGCCAACAUGAGCUUCAUCAGCAACGGCAGUCUUCCUGCCGAGGUGCAGUACUUCACCUGGGCCCCGGAGGGAAAUAAAUACGCUUACGUGUCCCACUUCAACGUUUUCUUCAAAGACCACGUCACGGCUGACACAGUACAGGUCACCCACAACGGCAAAAAGAAUGAGAUCCUGAACGGAGUCCCUGAUUGGGUUUAUGAGGAGGAGGUGUUUGCAUCAAAUGGAGCGUUAUGGUGGUCUUCAAGUGGAAGAUACUUGGCGUACGCUGAGUUUAAUGACACAGAAGUGGAGAAAGUGGAGUUCUCCUGGUACGGAGCUCAGCAGUAUCCUGAAACAGUGACUAUUCCCUACCCCAAGGCGGGGUCAAACCUGACUAAGGUCAAACUAUUUGUGGUCGAUACCACAAACGCAUCACACCGCAUGCGGGUCCCUCCCCCUGCCUCCAUUGCAUCAAGUGAUCACAUUUUGUGCUCAGUGACCUUCGUCACAGACCAACGCCUCGCAGUGCAGUGGCUCACCAGGAAGCAGAAUUACCUGCUGGUGCAGAUUUAUGACUUUGAUGGAAUCAGCUGGCAAGAAAAACAGAAAUUUGAGCAAACAAGCCAGACAGGCUGGAUCGGCCAUUUCGUGCCUUUACCUCUUUUCUUUGCUGAGGAUAAAAUCAGCUUCUACAAGGUGAUGAGCGACACCAGUGGUUACAAACAUAUUCAUCACAUCACAGAUGGCAAAGCAAGUGCUGUUACUGCUGGGAAAUGGGAAGUCAUCUACAUAUCCAAAGUGACCAAAGAUGCCAUAUACUUUGUGAGUAACGAGUAUGAAGGCGUUCCUGUCAAGAGAAACCUUUACAAGGUGCCCAUAGGAAGCGGAGCAUCGGGCCGUCAGUGCCUCACCUGCCGCUUUGAGGAGGACAGGUGUCAGUACAACUCAGCCUACUUCAGCAUCAACGCCUCCUACUACCGCUUGGACUGCUACGGACCGGGUCUGCCCCUCUACGCGCUCAUGGAUAACCGGGGCCCAGGUGCAAAGAUGUCCACCCUGGAAGAUAACCAGGACCUGGACAACAUCCUGAAGGAAUUCCACAUGCCGACCAUGAAGUACGGCACCUUCAAGGUGGCAGGAUUCGAUCUUUGGUAUCAGAUGAUGUUACCGCCUCAUUUCAAGUCAUCUAAACAAUAUCCUCUUCUCAUCGACGUGUACGGGGGUCCGGCCAGUCAGACAGUGGACUACCGUUUCAAGUUGAACUGGGCCACCUUCCUGUCCAGCAAGUACGGGAUGGUGGUGGCCAGCUUCGAUGGAAGGGGAAGCGGUUACCAAGGCGACCAGGUACUCCACGCCAUCUAUGGGCGCCUGGGGACCUUGGAGGUGGACGAUCAGAUAGCGGCUGUCAGGAAAUUCAUCGAUUUGGGUUUUAUCAGGAAAGACAGGAUAGCCAUAUGGGGCUGGUCCUACGGUGGCUACGUGACCUCCAUGGCCCUGGCUGCCGGAAGCGGACUUUUCAAAUGCGGAAUAGCGGUCGCCCCGGUAGCCAAGUGGGAAUAUUACGAUGCCGUGUACACCGAACGCUACAUGGGCACACCGACAGAAAACGCCGACUCGUACAAGAAUUCCACGGUAACGGGCCGAGCGAAGAACUUCAAGGGUACAGAUUACCUGCUGGUCCAUGGCACAGCAGACGACAACGUCCACUUCCAGCAGGCAGCGCAGAUCUCCAAAGCUCUGGUGGAGGAGCAGGUGGACUUCCAGGCCAUGUGGUACACAGACAAGGACCAUUCCCUCCGAGGCUCCGCCUACCGCCACACCUACACCCUGAUGAGUCACUUCCUCCACAAAUGCCUCAUUUCUUCCUCCUAGAUCUACCACCUCGAGUAUCGUAUCCAUCUCCACUUCAACCUGUCAUGGAUGGUUUUUACAUCAGAAAGUUGCUGUUUGAAAUAAAAACUAUUCCAAUCAAGACAACGUGUGAUGGAGAACCUCAUCCAGCACAAAAAAAACCUCAUCAGCCUCCAGAAAUGUCGGAAAAGUGCAAAAUGUUUGUCAGAGAUCUCUGUGGUGUCACGACGGCUGCUCUGAGCGUGUGCCCGAAUACAGUGCACCUUGCUGGGCCACAGCAGGUGGCUCCUCCCCCUCUAUGCUUUGGUUCUUAUUUGACAGAGAAGAGAAUGACCACCAUUAAAGUAUUCUUCAUUUCUCUCUCCUCUUUUCUCAGUGAUUUUCCUUAUGAUACUACAAGCAUUUCCCACAAUGACGACCUGUUCCUCCUCAUAUUUUGGCUUUAUUCUUCUGUUUCCCAUUUUCAUGUCAUCCUAUGACUUUAUUGAACUUUUUCCACACAUUCUUUCAUCGCAUGUUCCUGUUUUUUCUUUGAACGUUAAGAC